AUGUCCUCCGUCAACGAUAACGCCCCCUCGCCGCUCCCGGUGGAUGGGGUGAGCAAGCGCAAACAAGUGAAUCGAAAUCUCCUAGGCUCUGCAGCUUGCGUUCACUGUCACCGGCGCAAGGUUCGGUGCGAUGCCCGUACCGUUGGCACACCCUGCACCAACUGUCGUGCCUCUGGAAAGACCGACUGCCGCAUCCACGAGAAGAAAAAGCGACUUGCAGUCCGUUCAAUCCUAGACCCCGUCCCGAUCCGAUCUCGGCCCCUAUCGAUAUCUGAUCCCACCUCAACCCCUGCUCUUGUAGCCGGAACACCGCUACCUCCGAGCUUUCCAACCGCAUUCCCGAGUGGUCAUGCUACACCAAUUUCCGGGGGUUAUCGCAACAUGGGCACGGGAUCCGAGGCAUUUGGCCGUCAUGGCCAUGAUAUGGCGCAUGCCGAUGAGGCACACAACGAGAUGCAGCAACAUCUCGUCAAAUUGAUAGAUGAAGAGGAAUCCGGUAGAAGAGAGAUUCAAAGAGGCGUGCGUGCCUUCUAUGUUGGACAUGAACUUUCGAACAUGUCAUUUUUGAUCCGGCAACAACGAGAACAAGAUGACGAUGUAUAUCAUUUUGCCAGCAAUGAGAUACCACGGCGCCAAAUGAAGACAGGCCAUGAUCAGCUCCUCAUGGAUGCUCUGACACUACCAGAACCGGCUCUCGCGGAUGAACUGGUCCAGGCUUAUUUCACAUAUGUCAAUCCAGGGUACCCUCUCGUCGACGAGGAUUUAUUUAUGACGCAAUAUCGAAACCGGGACCCUGCAGAUCCUCCGCCAGUAUUACUCCUUCAGGCAAUUUUAUUGGUCGGUGCGCAUGUUUCUCGCGCAAAAGUAGAGCGAGAUGCUCUCAAAGAAAUCUUCUUCCGCCGCACAAAGUAUCUUUUCGACAACCGCAUCGAGCGAAAUCGAGAUAUUCUUGUCCAAGCGGCGCUGCUUUUAACCUGGCAUUCUGAUAGAGUAGACGAUGAUGUCGCUGCGGAUGCUCACUUUUGGGUUGGGGCGGCUGCACGGAUCGCUACAGGGCUUGGAAUGCACCGUAAUCCUGUGUCCAGUAGCUUUGUGACUCGUGACCGACGAAUGUGGAGGAGAGUUUGGUUUAUUCUGAUCCAGUUUGAUGUCUUGAUUUCACUGUCAUAUGGACGUCCUCAAGCGAUCAACUUGGAUGAUUCCGAUGUGUCCCCUCUGACGCUUGCCGAUUUUGAGAAUUGUGGCCCUCACGUACAAGCAGAGUAUGUGAUUCAUUUUACUGAGCUUUGUACGAUGAUCUCGUAUCUCAUUCGUGAUCGAUUUGGGCUUCGAGCGAGUGAGGAACGGCGAAAAGCUGUUCUCCAGGAAGCCGACGGAUCAUUAGCAACUUGGUCUCUCAAACUUCCUGAUAAUCUUCGGCUUCGAGCGUCUGAUAUGGAUCCAUGGUCUGCCAUGCUCCAUCUGACUUACAACAACUUCCUCAUUCUUUUGCAUCGGCCGCAUCCCAGAGCUUCGGCCUAUUCCGAUGACUAUGGCCCACACGAUGCCGAAAUUUGUAGUGCAGCCGCUGGUGUCAUUACCUCCAUCUUCGAGGAGCUCAGAUUGAAUGAUCGCUUGAAGUUCCUUUGGUACACUGGCGUCCAUACCCUCUUUACAGCCAUGAUUCAAGUUCGGGUCGAACUUCGGUUCUCCAAUCCAGUUCUCGCCAUUAAUGCGCUGCGCCGUUUCGACUCCGCCUCCUAUUCGCUCCGUGAAUUGGCUCAGUACUGGCUUCAUGCUGGCACGAUCUUACGAGUCUUCGAGGACUCUAAACGUCUUCAAGAAGAUCUUCGGAUGGCAACUUCAGAACGCCCCAAGCCGUUUGGUGACGCACCGCAUUCACACAAAGUCCCCGUUCCUUCUCCUGCUCCAUCAAUAACUAUGCAGACUCCGGGACCACUUUCAUUCGGUGUACCCACCCCGGAGGCCACACCUCUACAACAUACAACCCUCUCCCCGCAAACCAAUCCUCCUCCUCAAUUCGACAAUUGGAUUGCCCCUCUCCGGCUUAAUGCCGGCCCGCUGGAGAGAAAUGAUCCGUUCUCGAGCAGUAUGCAAGUGGAUUCCAUCGAGCCAGCUCGCGACUACCCAGACUGGCGACAGCUAUUCGCCUUCGGAGAUAUAGACCUACCACCGCCUGUAGGAGUGGAAGGUCUCCCCGAUCUUGAAGAUGAGUGGCGGCAGAUCUACUGGCAGGAUGCUCCGAUGGCAGAUCUUAUUCACGAUGGAGGAUGGAUCCAUAGCUAG